UUCAUGUUGACUAUAUAAUUUUAAUUUAUUAUUUUAGAAAGAAUUGCUUUUACUUUGAAUUACAUGGAAAUUAUUGACCAUUAUUAUUAAUAAAUGUGAUGGCACAAAUUAUUAUAAUACUUAUUAAAUGAAAGUAAAAUAAAGGAAUCCCAGACCAACACAUAAAGUGUAAUAUAUAUAAUCAGAUCAUCUUUCUUAUAUAGAUAUAAUCAUAAAAAAUCAUAUAUCAUCACACAAUAUAGAUCAGAGAAGAAUAAAAAUUAAAAUGUACGUAACAAGGCCUAUGUCAAUGUAUAGAAGACAGCAUGAGGCACUGUCAAUAACACCUCAGUUGGAAGGUCCGAAUUCUGGUUAUCUUGUAAUUUUUAACGAAGAUGAUUAUGAGUUGAAGGAGAGUUGGACUGGAUCAUCAUACAAAGACAACACCAUCAGGGACUUGCCUUUCCCUCAGAACAAAAUUCUCAAAGUUGAGGAUGAUGACUUCUAUCAGGAUGUCCUUUUUAUCCCUGUUCUCAAUCACCCAUUAUCUUCCAAUCUUUACUAUGCUAUUGUUCAGGAGGGCAACCAUAUAGGAGAAGCAUACACAAGUUCGAAGAAAAAGGAGAGCAGUACUAGCAUAUUCGGUAGCUAUAUUAAAGACGUUAAACCAAAGCCAUUAGAUCCAUGUGAUCAAUAUCAACAGGUUGAGAUAACUCAACACCGCCAUGGUUUCACAGCCACGUCCAUUGCCUCAGAUGGGUUUCCUCCUUACUUUUUGAGGAACAAACAUUGGAGUGUCGAAAUGUGCACUCCAAAGUACUACAAACUAAGCCAAGCCUUAGGUCUCAACUCAACUCUCCGCGCAACUCUUCCCCCGUUCAACACCACUCAAGUCGUCGGGAAAUGGUACUGUCCGUUCAUGUUCGUGGAAGAAGUUAUGAAAUUGAAAGACCAAAUGAAGAGAUCUAUGUUCUACGAAAUGACGCUUGAGCAAAGAUGGGUUCGGGUUUUUGAGUGUGGAAACGAGGGGAACUUGGUGUUUGUAAAUGUUGUUGUUGAGACGGAAGAUGUUUUUAUUGUUGGGGGAAUAAGGAAAGCCAUUUGGGAUGAGAAGAAUGUGAACACCAAUAAGGUGGUGUGGUUUAUGAGUGAAAGAGUUGGAGAAGAUUGUGGAAUAGGGUUGAAUGCAGCUAUUGUUGAUAGAAUGAAGUGGGAGCAAGAAAGAGUUGGUUGGGUUAGGGAUAGGAGAAAAGGGAGAGUGGUGAAAGCUUAUGAGUAUGAUGGAUUGGAUGAAUGGACUAGCUUCGGUUGCUAUAUUUUGGUGGAGAGUUUUGUUUUGAGAAGAAUGGAUGGAUCUCUUGCUUUGACUUAUGAUUUCAAGCACACCCACCAAAUUAGAUGUAAAUGGGAAUGAAAAUUUAUGCCAUUUUGGUUUGUCAUUUCCACUCUACAAAGCUAUAGAUAUUGUAAAAAAAAUUUCUUUUAUCUUUGUGCUUGUUGUGUGAAUGUAUAUUAGUUUUUAUAGGUUUAUAUUCAUGUGUGGGUUUACUUUAUUAAAUUAAUUAAUGAUUUAUGUGAUAUAUAUAUUUUGAAAUAGAUUUUAUAUGUUAUCAUCA